AUGGGCCACGAAGAUGCUGUCUAUCUGGCGAAGCUCGCCGAGCAGGCCGAGCGCUAUGAGGAAAUGGUUGAGAACAUGAAGAUUGUCGCCUCCGAGGAUCGUGAUCUUACCGUCGAGGAGCGGAAUCUUCUGUCUGUUGCCUACAAGAACGUCAUUGGUGCCCGUCGCGCGUCGUGGAGAAUUGUCACCUCGAUCGAGCAGAAGGAGGAGUCCAAGGGCAACUCUACCCAGGUCGGCCUGAUCAAGGAGUACCGCCAGAAGAUCGAGGGCGAGCUCGCCAAGAUCUGCGAGGAUAUCCUCACUGUUCUCGACAAGCACCUCAUUCCCUCGGCUAAGAACGGGGAGUCCAAGGUGUUCUAUCACAAGAUGAAGGGUGACUACCACCGCUACCUCGCCGAGUUUGCCGUUGGCGACAAGCGCAAAGACUCGGCCGACAAGUCUCUUGAGGCUUACAAGGCUGCUACCGAGGUUGCGCAGACGGAGCUCCCGCCCACUCACCCUAUCCGUCUUGGCCUUGCCCUCAACUUCUCCGUCUUCUACUACGAGAUCCUCAACGCCCCUGACCAGGCCUGCCACCUGGCUAAGCAGGCGUUUGAUGAUGCCAUUGCCGAGCUCGACACAUUGAGCGAGGAGAGCUACAAGGACAGCACAUUGAUCAUGCAGCUGCUCCGUGACAACUUGACUCUUUGGACCUCGUCCGAGGCUGAGCAGCCUGCUCCCACCGGUCACGCCGAGGCCCCUCAGCAGGAGGAGCCGAAGGCGGAGGGCACUGCGGAGGAGCCCAAGGCUGAGUAA